UCACGCCCAGAUAACGGUUUUCAUCAAUAAGGAAAUGAAAGCAAAGAAAAUGGCAGCAUGGAGCUCAGCGGAUCUCUGGUGGAUUCUGUUCUCUGUCAGCUUCUUCUUUACUUCUACUGAUCAGACAAACAUCACAGCAGAACCUGGACAGAACACCAUCCUGCCUUGUAGAGCUGCUGACAACAAACCUGUUAUUGCUGUAGAGUGGAGGAGAACUGAUCUGGGGAAGGAAUAUGUUCUUCUGUACAGAGAUGGUCAUAUUGAUCCAGAAAACCAGCAUCCAUCUUAUAAGAACCGGGUGGAUCUGCAGGACAGACAGAUGAUGGAAGGAAACGUGUCCUUGGUUCUGAAGAACCUCACGACUAAUGAUACCGGAGCAUACGAGUGUCGAGUCCAGAAUGAAGGAAGCCGUGAGAUAAAACUUCUCAGAACCAUCCAGCUAGAUGUUCCUCCUCCAGGGAGCAAGGAUGGAGGAAGCAAGGAUGGAGGAAGCAAGGAUGGAUCCAUUGGACUAAUAGUUGGUCUGAUCACAUUUGCUGCUGUUGUUGCUGCUGGUGUUUUAUUUGUGAUGUAUAGAAGGAAAUCUGCUUGCUUUAGGGAGAAGACCCCAGAUCCUCCAGCUGAUCUGUAGAUUUA